AUGCCAGGUGAAAUGAAAAAUGGAAGUGAUUCGAAUUCUAUUUCAAAAAUUUUUAAAACCACAGUUUGUAAUAAAGCUUUACGUGAAACAUGUGUAAUAGCAAUGAAUAAAUUAUGGCAUAGAUGUUGUUUUACAUGUACUAAAUGUCAUUCACCAUUCGAAAAUGGUGAAUUUCUUAUUUAUAACGAAAAACCAUACGAUAUUGAUUGUUAUUAUCUAACAAAAUAUGAGAAUGAAUUUACACCAAUGCUUAGUAAUCAAAGUGGACCAAUUAUUGGUCUUAGUGGGACAGAUCACAAAUCAAUUGAUCAAAUAACAGAAAAAUCUAUACAAAAAUCACCAAUUGCAUUAUCACAAUUACAAUUACCAUUAUCAGCUCAAAAUACUGAACUGAGAAAAUAUCCAUUAUCUAUGAUACCAAUACCUAUGUAA